CGACAGCAAAGCAGUCUCAAAGAUAACGAAGUGGAAGUGGAAGUGCCCGCCGCCCACUACUAGAGUCGGUACCGUUCAUCAUCCAUCACCCACUGCACCUCCAACCAAUCCACCACCUAUCAUCUAUCAUUCUUCCGGCCUGGCAGCUCAAUAGAACCGAGUGUCUGUGUCUUCUUCAUCUCCGCUGGACAUCACCGCCCUCGCUGGCACCGGACUCAUCAACACUACUAGUAGACACUUUGCACGCGCAUUGCAGUGGCGGCGGCCGGCCGUUUCACCCGCAUCACGGCAUGACCUGACCUGCUCGCUGCCACCCCAACUCUCAACCCACGCACAUUCUACCACUGAAACUCCACGUUCUCUGUUUGCUUUUUGAUUUUCAUUCCUUACGUCUUGCUAUCAGCCUCGUAUUCUAUUCGAUUGACGUCUUUCGUGCCUGAAAGGCCCGCCUAGGCCAGACACUCUCCAAUCACUCCAGCCUGCUGAUUCUCCUCCAGUCCUCCGCCACUGUCGCAACCACAACUCCGAUCCUCAUCCUACCGUUGCUGGUCUCUGUUCAUUUGCAAUUCUCAUGUCGCCUGUCCAUGUCAGCGUCGCAUGGAGGUCCAAAUCCCAUCACCGUCUGCGUUUUUGAAGGACUCUUCUGUGAUUAGUCCUACUACAAGCACGGCAGCCAAACGACCUGCUGUUACCAAACCCAGAACAACUGCUAUCAGCAGACCUCCUACCAAACUUGCACCAGCAGUCCAGGAUGGCGCGGUAACCAAACCGAAGCAGAGCAAGAGUCGAAAUGGCUGUAUGACUUGCAAGAAAAAGAGGCUCAAAUGCGACGAGACAAAGCCGUCGUGUGUCCAAUGUCAGAAGCGAAGCGUUGAGUGUGAGGGAUACAGGAAGGACUACAAAUGGCGGAGCUUCGAAGAAACCAAUUUCACCUCCAAACCCACUGCGAAGCGGAAGGCCUUCCGAUCUAAUUCUUCGUCUGGUGCCGUUGACCAUGCUGCUGCCCGACCGCUUGACAUUCCAGGAAGCUGCAGACCCAUACCCCGACGUAUUGCUGUGAAUAAUGUGGACCCUCCUCAAACAUGGUCGCCAGGUCUUCAUUCGGCCUUUGCUACGGCCGCCUACGCCUUCCACGGCCAGAGUCAAGCACCUCACGCGCAGUCAGGUUCAGAGCAAGAAGCGCAUGACAAGAUGAACCAGUGUUUCUUCCCUGAACCUAGCCGGAUUGAUUACUCUACCUAUGUUCCUCCUUUCGACGUGGAGGGCAUAACGCCCGGAUUCUCCUAUGGCGAUCAUCACCCGGAUCCUUAUGGAUUUUUAUCGACCACCAACACCUCGUCCGUGAAUGACAGCAAUAGCGCAAAAUCGUUCUCCUCUGGAUCGCCUCAACUCAUGGACAUGCCUUUUCCGGGACCGGAAAUGCACCGGCCGCCCGACCCACCAGAUAUCCGACCUCCCAUAUCUCCUUUGUCGUAUCAACCAUCAAACUUCGACCUCGACAUGCCUGACGAUGGCGAUGACUUUGACGAGGAAAUCGUCCGAUCUGACGUUAUGGCGACAACGUCAGAUAUGCCAGCAAUGACGCUCCCUACGCCCACAUCUUUGAUCGACCCUACCUCAGGCGCUUCGACAUGGCAAGGAUUCCGAGCAGCAUCUCCAACGCCCAGCGAGGCUUCAACAUCGUCUUCCAAAUCCAGCGACAUGACAAUCCUUGCACAACCAUCUCUGGACGUCUCGUCCCCCGAAAUGCUUAUGCUCCGAUUCGAUAAACAAACAUGCGGUAUCUUGUCCGUUAAAGAUGGCCCAACCGAAAACCCCUGGCGUACAUUGAUCUGGCCAUUAGCUCGCGAAUCUCCUGCUUUAUAUCAUGCCAUCUCGGCAAUGACCGCGUUUCAUGGGGCUCACGAAAUUCCGGAUUUACACGUGCCAGGAAUGGCCCAUAUGAACAAAUCAAUAAAGCGGCUGGCACAGGAGAUGGGAAACAUGAGGCUAGACUCGGCGCUGGCAACGUCCCUAGCACUGGGCCUCAGUGAAGGCUGGGACCGUCAUGUAAGCACCGGUGUACAACAUCUGAGAGGAGCCAAAGUCAUGGUCAACAAUGUGAUUGUCAAGCAGCGCCAGGACAUGCAGCCAGGCCGGAUGAGCACACAGGAUGCCACUCGCCUCAAAUUUCUCUGCAACACGUUCGUCUACAUGGAUGUCAUAGCGAGAUUGACCUCGUUGGAACAACCGCAUGACCUUGAUAUUGAUGAGAUUUUGGAAACCGUCAACUCCCCGUUUGGAGACCAGGUCGAGGUGGACCCCCUCAUGGGUUGCGCAACCACGCUCUUCCCACUGAUAGGCCGUGUUGCACGCCUUAUUCAACGUGUACGCAAGACCGAUUCAAACUCCUUGACAUUGGUGUCCACGGCGAUGGAGCUCAAAGAAGAAUUGCAACAGUGGCAGAUUCCGAGUGUUGGCGUUUUUGAGAGACCGGAAGAUCCUAAUUCAGAGGUGCAGCACUCAAUUCAGACGGCGGAGGCGUACCGUUAUGCAACACUUCUCUAUCUGCACCAGGCUGUCCCUGAAAUUCCCAGUGAUGGCAUCCAGAGCCUGGCGAAGAAGGUGCUCGUUACCCUUGCUUCUGUACCUUUGUCCUCGCGUGCAACUAUAGUGCAGAUAUUUCCAUUGUUGGCUGCGAGCUGCGAAGUUACGGACCCGGAUGACAGAACCUGGGUGAGACAGCGGUGGGCCGCGAUGAUAGCGCGCUUGAAGCUUGGAAACGUCAAAUCUUGCUGGCGGGUUGUGGAAGAGGUCUGGAGGCGCCGUGAUUGUUAUGAGAACGGAAAGGCGGAUCGUUUACGCAGACGGUAUAAUUCGCGGGGGGUUCCAGGUGGGAGCUUUAUUCCCCCUGUUCUCAACAUGCCACCGGGUCUCAAGCGAAAGGGCCACACUUCUGAUGGCGACCUGGGUGAUGACGCAAUAUUCGCAGAAGGCAAUGCCAAUGUCCUCGGGUCCACCUCGACGCCCGAAGAAGCAUACGAUCCGGUUCGGUUGCUGAAAAGAAGGGUCACGAUAGAUUCUACGACUCAACAAGAUGGUGUGUCAAAUUGGAAGCUCCAUGUCAACAACAGAAACCUUCCUGCCUCAAUGCCUGGCUCUUGCGUGGGGAUCUCGCGUCGACCUACUGGAGAUAUUGUCUCACCAGGCCAACUUGAACACGAGUAUACUGUGCGAGGAAGGCUCCAUUGGUUAGGCGUUAUGGCCGAGUGGCACUGGGAAGUGUUUCUUGGAUAACCGAGAGGAUGAUAAUAUCCGCAGGGCUGCACAUCCAUUUGCGAAUGUGCGUUCAGCUUCGAAUGUUUCUUACCACUCAACGCACUCUUGCUCGAUGGACUUGCUGAGCAACACUCUCGAUAAAAAUGCCGCGACUGCUUGUUGAUACAGUGGUGGUGGUUGUGUUGCCGACAACUUGGCGAGGAGAUUCGCUGUACUGGUGUGAGGGAGCGAGUCCCUUUCUCGACGAGGCCGGUAUCGAACAUCAUCAACUCGUGCUUCCGCCUUAGGGUUUCCAGAUCCAUCCACUGGGAUUCAGGAGAUUGUUCCCUCUGGUCAAUGCUGAUGGCGCAAUGGUUCAGGACGCCAGGCCUGUUAUUGUCCUGUUUCCUGCCGACGACGCUCCCCUUGGUCUGCUCACGAGUCACCAGGAAUUGCCGCAUGCUUGCUCUGUAUUCCUCGAGCUCGGGACUCUGGGGUAACUUUAAUGUCGAUGGGAUCUCGGCUGUUGUUUCCCGCUCAUCUGCCCGGUUUCCGACCCUCUGACUUUUGCUCUGGUCGCCGAUCACCACAGGGUGUGUCAAGGUGCUCAUCUUGUCGAGCCCGACCGUCUGAGUAUCUGUGAUGUUAUAGUCCUCAGCCCUGAGGCCGAGCCAGAUUUUUUUGCCUUUUUUGCGCUUUCUAACGAAUGUUUUCCGGCUGUUAUGUAUUUAUUUACGUUUAUGACGACGGGACAGAUUGGCGCUGUGGCGUGAGAUCUGUUGGGUUUGAUUUUGACGGUUGCUUUAUAUAUUGUUUAUGCUCAAGGUAUCUUUCGACUUCCCGGUGGACAAUGCUAGCAAGGCGUUCUUUCGGGUAUUUUUCUGGCUGCCUUGGGUCGCGAAUUGGCUAUGUUGCAGUGGCGCUAUGGAGAUGCAGAGGUAUACAUGCGGGCGUUCGUAUGGUUUCAAAGAAUGGCGAUUCGGUACGGGAGAGACAAGAAGGGUGUCCUCGGCAUCCAGCCUCCGCCCAGACUGGAUGGAUGGCGGAAUAUGUAGGCCGUAGAUGAGACGUAACUUGACAUAGAUUUCAAUGCGAACGAAGCGGUCCGACUCGCAGGUUGCAUAUGGGAUGUUUUCCGCAGGUCGUCGUUUUGUUGCACGAGGGUGGCUCUCAAAGGGCGAGCGAGAGCGAGGAAGAGACUUUUAUGGAGCGAGAUUCUCCACCACCACUGAGGUCAGGUCGAAUGGAUGACAAACAUAGACUGUGAUGUAGCAGAAGCACGAUCGGAGGCAGAUUCAACUUCUUAUUACUAUUAGGUAUAUUUAAUACCAUUGAUGAGGUAGCAUUACUAUUACUGUACUACUAGCUAGGUAGGAAAUUGCUAUUGCUAUUGCCCCGGUGGUGCUAUCAUGCCACAGAGCUUGCUCGAGUGGACUGAGCGAGUGAGUGCUUCUCAUCUGAUUCCCGUCAAGCACUCGGAGUCCAUAAAUAUACGUACCCACUACACUCGGGACCUUCAG